AUGCCUCCACCAAAGGUCGCAAAGAGCGAAUACAUUGAAACCGACACAGGCAACAAAAUCUCCCGCCGGUCCCAAAUCCACGGCACGCAGCACAUCAUCCUAGGCGGCAAAACGGUCAUCCAAGCAGAAGCUGUCAUCCGCGGGGACCUAUUCCGCAGCGCCUCGACACCCGCAGACCCCAACAACCCCAGCCCGGCGACAGCGCCGAACACGCCCAGCGUCGCCAUAAACGUCGGCCGAUACAGCUACAUCUCGAAGAGCGCGAUCCUGCGCCCGCCUAGCCGUCUACACCGUGGCACGCACUCCUUCUACCCGCUCAAGAUCGGCGACCAUGUCUUUGUCGGCGAGGGUGCUGUUAUUGAGGCCGCGCAGCUGGGAAACCAUGUUCAUGUUGGGAAGGGCGCGGCUGUAGGCAGUAUGGCGAUUAUUAAGGAUUAUGCUUAUGUGCUUGAUGGCGCGGUCGUGCCUCCUGGUAUGGUGGUGCCGAGUUGGUGUGUUGUUGGGGGGCGGCCGGCGAGGAUUGUCGGGGAAGUUGGGGAGGGGUAUGGGGUUGAAGGGGCGGAGGGUGGUAUGGCGAGGGAGAGGUACCGAGUUGUUGGAAAGCCUUGA